AAAGAAAAUCAAGCAAAAAACCCCGAGGCUAUGGCAAAUCAAUAUCGAGGUGGUGCACGGUCCAUGGGUAGGGUCAGACGACAAAUGGUAGAGCAAUUAGGACAUUUACCCACCGAAGUUGAGCUUUAUAAAAAAUGCUAUGAUAAAAAGGAUGGGAUGCUUCCUUCUAAAAAAGCAAUUGAUCAUGAGGGUUCAUGCUCGCAACAUGUUCCAAGCCAUAAUGCCUCAGAAUCGGAUGCAAUGGAUGAAGGUUACACCAGGACGAAGAGCAAAUACAUCAACAAUUGCAGCAAUAAUUUGAACAACGGUUCCAACGACAAGAUGAAGAAUUGAGACAACUUCGUCAAAUUAUAAUGUCGAUGUCUCAAGGUGGACAAUAUAGUCGGAUGCUUUCUCAGCCACAAGAAACUUCUCCGUAUAUUCC